AUCCGGAAGGCACUUCCUUUAAAUAUCAAGCAGCUGUCAACCCUUGUUCUUCCCUUUGAAGCUUCUCUUCUCCUCUGUCUCCUUCUCUGCGCGAAAAUUGCACGCUAGGAAGGGCGAAGAAGAAGACAAGAGGACAAGUAGAGGAGAGCUUUAUAACUUAUCAGAUCAAGAUGCAGCAAACCAACGGUUCUGAUCUGAAAUCAGCACACCCGCCGCCGCCACCGCAGCAGCAACAGCAGCAACAGCCACAUCAGAAUCAGCGGCAGCAGCAGCAGCAAUGGGUCCCACAUAUGCCGCCGCAUCCUCAGCAGCAGUGGAUGGCGGCUAUGCAGUAUCCGGCGGCUGCUAUGGUGAUGAUGCAGCAGCAGAUGAUGAUGUAUCCACAACAGCAUCACCAUUACAUGGCUUACUACCAACAACAGCAGCAGCAGUACCAAAAGCAGCAACAGCAGUAUCAAAAGCAUUAUAAAUCACAGCCACAGGGAGCUUCCGAGGAGGUCAAGACUAUAUGGGUUGGUGACUUGCUUCAUUGGAUGGAUGAAACCUAUCUACAUAAUUGCUUCUCUCAUACAGGCGAGGUUUCCUCUGUUAAAGUAAUACGCAAUAAGCAGACUGGUCAGCCAGAAGGUUAUGGAUUUGUUGAGUUCUACUCACAUUCAACAGCUGAGAAAGUUUUGCAGAACUAUAAUAACUCUGUGAUGCCAAACACAGAUCAGCCCUUCCGCCUUAACUGGGCAAGUUUUGCAGGUGACAGGCGAUUGGAAGCUGGUUCUGACCUAUCUAUAUUUGUUGGCGAUUUGGCUGCAGAUGUGACUGAUGCUAUGUUGCAGGAAACCUUUGUCAGUAAAUAUCCAUCUGUCAAGGGAGCAAAAGUUGUAACUGAUCCAAACACUGGCUGUUCAAAAGGUUAUGGUUUUGUUAGGUUUGCUGAUGAAAAUGAGAGGUCAAGAGCAAUGGUGGAGAUGAAUGGUAUUUAUUGCUCAAGUAGGCCCAUGCGCAUAGGUGUUGCAACUCCCAAAAAGUCAUCUUCAUAUCAACAGUAUUCUUCACAAGCUUUGGUGUUGGCUGGUGGACAUGCUCCAAAUGGUGCUGUUGCCCAAGGAGCCCAAUCUGAUGGAGAUUCUAAUAAUACAACUAUAUUUGUGGGAGGAAUUGACUCUGACAUCAGUGAUGAGGAUCUCAGGCAGCCUUUUUCCCAGUUCGGUGAAGUUGUGUCUGUGAAAAUACCAGUUGGGAAAGGAUGUGGUUUUGUGCAAUUUGCUAACAGAAAGAGUGCUGAGGAUGCGCUGCAGAGUUUGAAUGGCACAACAAUUGGAAAGCAAAAUGUUCGCCUCUCUUGGGGACGCAGUCCAGCAAACAAGCAGUGGAGAGGGGAUCAUAAAUAUAAUCAAUGGAAUGGUGCUUAUUUUGGAGAGCAAGGGCAUGGCGGAUACGGAUAUGCGAUGGCACCUAAUCAGGAUCAGAACAUGUAUGUUGCAGCUGCGGCUUCAGGCGCAUCAUAACUGCUGCAGAAUAAUUACCAAAAGCAGCUUGUGUAACAACAGGCCUUCAUAUGUUGCCAUUAAAACUGUGAUUAGAAGUAGCAUUGCUCUAGUUGCUGUUGCUUUGGCUAUCUGUACUCUGGGGGAUUUUGUAGCUCUGACUGAAUUUUUAUGUCGUCGACUUGUGUUAAAGCUGUAUCAAUAUUUACUGGAUUCUUUGGGUUUGCUUGGGGAUUCUGUCGUAUUGACGGAAGCGAGUCUUGUUGGUUUGCUGGUGUUGAACUCCAAACAACAAGAAAUGUUGAGAAGUUUUUGUCUGA